UAUAGUGAACACACAAGUACUUAUCGAGUAUGAAAAUUUUCAACUGUUAUCACUUUAGCUUAUUACCUUAGCCUAACCUCAAAUUAGAAUUUAAUGCAAGAUUAAAUAAUAAAUCUUAAAAGCAUAAUCUUGUUUUUAUGUUCUAUAGUUAAGAAUAACAUUUUAUCAAAUAUUGAGAUAACGAAGGUUAUAGAUCCCAUGGCAUUUCCACUGAACGAUCAGAUUUAUACAAAAUCUUUUACACCUAGAGAAUACCAGGUAGAAUUAUUUUAUGCUGCUAAAGAUAGAGACAUUAUUGUUUGUUUAGGUAAAAAUUAUGAACAAACUUUUAUUGUUAUAAAAUUAAUCCAAGAAUUUGCUACAAACAAUAGAAGAUUAUUAAGUGAAGGAGGAAGACGAUCAUUGUUCAUAUUGACUGAUGAAGAAAAAUGUACAAUAAAAGCAAGCUACAUACAACAACUGACAGAUUUAAAAGUAUUAUUAUGUGACACUUGUUCAGUUACAGAAUUUAUAGAAAACUUUGAAACUUCUCAUGUACUAGUUACAACUGGUAAGACAUGUGCACAAUUAUUGACAGAUAGAAAAAUUUUACCAUGUCAGAUAAAUCUAGUCAUAAUUGAUGAGUGCCAUAAAUCUAUAGACAAUAACGAACUAAAAUUUAUUUUACAAACUAUUUUGGCAUGUGAGAAUGUUCCUAGAAUCAUUGGACUAGCUGUACCAUUGUUUAAUUUAACACAAGAGCCUGGAAGAUUAGGAUUGGAAAUAGAAAAAGUAGAAAAUACGUUUCAAUGUGAAGUUGAAACAGCUAGUGAUAUAUUAUCUAUAUUGCGUGAUCUUUCUUUAAAUAGAUAUAGCCCUAAGCCUAAAGAAUAUGUAGUAGAAUAUGCUAAAAAUGAAAAAGGAAAAUUACAUACUACUAUAGAAAAUUAUAUAUUGCAUGCUCUUGAAUUUUUACGUGAUCAUCGUCAUGAUCCAACUGAGAUUUACAAUGAGGAAUUCUAUGAAGACAUCCAAAAAAUACCAGAUCCUACAGAGAAACCUUUUGAGAUGAUGCAAGACUUUUUGUACAUAUUAGAAACUCUUGGACCAUGGUGUGCAGAUCGUGCUGCAUUGGCUCUUCUAAUUUUAACAGAAAAAUUAAAAGUAAAGACACCUUAUGAAAGACAUUAUCUAUUAUUAAACAUGGUAGCAUCUGUUUUCACAAAAAUACGAGCUUUAUGUGAUAAUACAUUUGAAGUUUUAUCUGAAAAGGAAAGAAUAUAUAAAUAUACUACUCCAAAGGUUCAUAGAUUAUUGCAAAUUUUAAAAACAUAUACACCAUAUUAUAAUAAAGAUAUUAAUAACACUGAUAAUAAACUAAAAGAAAAUAUUUCUCAAAAGUUAUCAGUAAAUAAUAGGGAAGGGUUUACUAGAGAUAGAUUUGUGCAAUCUAAAAAAUCAGAUUGUAAUUGGAAAAAUAAUGAAGAAAAUUGUAGAAAACCACCUAGAGCACCACGACACAUACGUGGUAUUACAGAUCCUGACUUACUUUGUGGAGUAAUUUUUGUAAAUAAGGCAUUUGUGGCAAAAGUGUUGUUUUAUUUGUUGAAUGAAAUAUCUAUGCAUGAUGAAGACUUACGUUUCUUGUCACCUCUUUAUACGAUUGAGAGGAAUAUUGAGGAUAUUAGUUAUUCAAAAGAUUUAGAAAUAGAACAUAGAAAACAGGAAGAAGUUUUAAAAAGAUUUAGGAUACAUGAAUGUAAUUUAUUAAUUUCGACUUCAAUUUUAGAAGAAGGUAUAGAUAUACCCAAAUGCAAUUUCGUAAUGAGGUACGAUUUUCCAAAAACUUAUCAGUCAUAUGUACAAUGUAAAACUCGUGCAAGAGCUACAGACGCAUUAUAUGUGUUAUUAGUACCACAAGAAAUGUCAAAGGAGUAUAUAUGGCAGCUAGCUCAAUAUCAUUACAUAGAAAAGACUUUGUUAGUAAAAUGUUCUAAUAACGAACCGUCUGAAGAAGAAGAAAACGAAGCAGACAUGUAUGCUGCUAUGAUACCACAUUAUAAACCGCUUGAUGGAGAUGAUGCACCUAAAGUUACUUUUAAUUCUGCAAUAUCACUAGUAAACAGAUACUGUGCGAAAUUACCUAGUGAUACUUUUACAAGGUUAACUCCAGAAUGGUCCAUUCAAGAAAUGGUUGUUGAUAAUAAAUUUAUGUACACAUGUUCUUUACGACUUCCUAUAAAUUCCCCAGUAAAAUAUGUUGUACUGUCAUAUCCUAUGCCUAAUAGAGCUAUGGCAAGACGAAUGGCUGCUUUACAGUUAUGCAUUGAUUUACACAGAAAAAAUGAAAUAGACGAUAAUUUGUUACCCAUUGGAAAGGAAAAUUUUAAAGCUAAACCAGAGGAUGCAGAAGUACCUGCUCUACCAGAUGAAAGUAAAGUGGAUUUUUCUGAAGCUCGACCGGGAACAACCAAGCGCAGACAAUAUUAUUAUAAAAAGACAGCCGAGGCAUUAACAGAUUGUAGACCAAUUAUUGGAGUUCCUUCUUAUUUAUAUCAUAUUAAUCUGGUUUUGAGUUGUCCUUUACCUGAAGAACAAAAUACAAGAGGUCGACGUAUAUAUCCUCCUGAGGAAUCAGCGAUUGGUUUUGGUAUAAUAACAUUAAAAGAAAUUCCUAAGUUAUGUCCAUUUCCUAUUUAUACUAGAUCUGGGGAAGUUCAUGUAAAAUUAAAACUUAGUAAACAGACUAUAGUUCUAAAUGAAAUGCAAGUAGAAAAAAUUGCUAUUUUUCUUAAUUAUACUUUUACAAAUGUAUUAAGAUUACAACAAUAUUUGAUGCUUUUUGAUCCUAAUGCUUCAGAAAACUCAUAUAUGAUUGUACCUGUGAAAUUAGAUGAACAAUCUGACGUUAUUGUAGAUUGGAAUUUCUUAGAAUGUAUAUAUAAAAAUCGAAAUGCAGGGCCAACUAAAGUUCCCGAAGAAAUUAGAAAAAAUUUCAAGUUUGAUGCAUCAAAAUACCAUGAUGCAGUAAUUAUGCCAUGGUAUAGAAGUCAGGAUCAACCUCAGUACUUUUAUGUUGCUGAAAUUUGUACAAAUUUAAAUCCCAAAUCUUCUUUUCCUGGUGAUGAUUAUAGCACUUUUGAAGAAUAUUAUCUUAAAAAAUAUGAUAUACAGAUACAAAAUUUAGAUCAACCUUUACUAGAUGUGGAUCACACAUCAGCUAGAUUGAAUUUUUUAACACCAAGGUAUGUUAAUCGGAAAGGUGUUGCUUUACCAACAAGCAGUGAGGAAACAAAACGGGCAAAACGGGAAAAUCUGGAGCAAAAACAAAUUCUUGUUGCUGAAUUAUGCGCAAUUCAUCCUUUUCCAGCUUCACUUUGGAGACAAGCAGUUUGUUUACCUUGUAUUUUAUAUAGAAUUAAUGCUCUAUUACUUGCUAAUCAAAUACGGUGUCAAGUUGCACGAAUGAUAAAUUUAGGACAGGAGAAUUUAAAUAUGGAUUUUGAGUGGCCACCAUUAGAUUUUGGUUGGAGUUUAGCGGAGGUUUUAAAGAAAUCUAAGGAAUCUGAAAAAGCAAAGUUAGCCAAAAAUGAAACUAUCCAACAAAAUUCUACAAUUGAUACAAUUGAUAAUAAAUGUCAAAAUAUACCUAAAGAUAUAAUAGACAGUUUACACAAAUCAGACAAAGAAGACUUGAAUGAAAAUAAUUACGAGUUUCAAAUAAAAAAUGAUAAGAUAAUCGAAAUAGAGGAACAAAUUUCAAAUGACGAAAAUGAAUUAGAAAUCGGUACUUGGUCAAGCGACAUGGCAAUGAAUUCUCUGGAUUUUGAAACAAAUAAUUUAAAGUCAUUUCCCUUAAAUGUAACUGUUUUACCAAAUGAUUUUAACUGGAGUGAUAUUCGAUACGGAUCCCCUGCGUGUGAAUCAGAUUUCGACGGUUAUGAAUCAGACGAUAUUUAUAGCGAUGGAUUUGUCGAUAGUUCUGAUGAAAGUGAAGAUGAAAACAGAGGGUUACGAAUUUCUUACAUGGGAGAAAAUAUUGCAGAAGCUGUAGAAGACGAGAAACAGAUGUCUAAGCAAGAGACCAAUAAAAAAAUUUUGGAUUUGUUAGAAACUGAGAAAAGUUUGGAUGACGUUUUAUGGUCGUACACGGAAGAGAAAGAGAAUUCUUCAAUUACGAAGCAUAGACAAGCUCAUUAUGAAUUUGCUAAAGUAAGAGAAUUUGAAAUAAUGCAAAAUGGAUCUUUUAUAUCCUGUGAUAAUGAAAUUGCAAUAAAGAAGAAAGCUUCAUGUAAUUUACAAUGUGAAGAAAAUUUGCCGAACUAUAAACACAAAGAUUAUGUAGAAACUGUAGUCGAAAAAUUCACUAAAAAAAUAUUAAAUAACAAUGAUACUGUACAACUGAUAAAAAAGGAUUCUAAUUCAUCGAAAUUUACAUAUCAUUCAGAUAGUAAUCUUUUUAGCUUUGAUUUUCAACCAGAACUAGAAAACCAUGCGGGCCCAAGUCCUAGUUUAAUCUUACAAGCUUUAACUAUGUCCAAUGCAAAUGAUGGUAUUAACUUAGAACGUUUAGAAACUAUUGGUGAUUCUUUUUUGAAAUAUGCUAUAACUACUUAUUUAUAUUGUACAUAUGAUAAUAUACAUGAAGGCAAGCUUAGUCACUUAAGAUCUAAACAGGUCAGUAAUUUAAAUUUAUACAGAUUAGGGAGACAAAAAAUGUUAGGUGAGAGCAUGAUAGCAACAAAAUUCGAACCACAUGACAAUUGGUUACCUCCUUGCUAUUAUGUACCAAAGGAACUUGAACAAGCAUUAAUUGAAUCUGGUGUACCUUCUACUUUGUGGAAUCAAGCCGACAUUCCAGCUUUGCAAGCCGUAAAUCCCUCUGAAAUAACUCAAUUAGUUCGAGAAACGGAACAAAAAUUGGGUGUCAUGAAAACUGAACUUGAUCGGAAUGAGACAUCACUUUCGAAUAAUUUAGAUAACAUGCGUUGUUUUAUACCGUACAAUUUAAUUACGCAACAUAGCAUUCCCGAUAAAAGUAUCGCAGAUUGCGUGGAAGCGUUAAUUGGAGCUUAUUUAAUUGCUUGUGGAUCUAGAGGUGCAUUACUUUUCAUGGCUUGGUUAGGGAUUCAUGUUUUACCUACAGAAGAGAUUACUAUUAUACAAGAAUCAGAACCAAGAGAAAGAGUUCCAGGUAGUACCCCUUAUAUAAAAGGAACGAACGAAAAGGGACAAACAACAUGGACACAGAUUCGUUAUGGAAAAUUGGAAGAACCACAAAACCCCUUACUUCGAUACAUUCCUGAUCCAGAACAAGAAUUAAAAAUGAUGCUUGAUGGUUAUGAAGAAUUAGAGAAAAGUAUAGGAUAUGAAUUUCAUGACAUUAGUUAUUUAUUACAAGCAUUUACUCAUGCAUCAUAUCAACCUAAUAGGCUGACAGAUUGUUACCAACGUUUAGAGUUUCUUGGAGAUGCUGUUUUAGAUUAUUUAAUAACAAGACAUUUAUAUGAAGAUGCUCGUCAACAUUCUCCAGGCGCUUUAACAGAUUUACGAUCCGCCUUAGUUAAUAAUACUAUAUUUGCUUCUUUAGCUGUAAGAUGUGGAUUUCAUAAAUAUUUUCGACAUCUUUCUCCUGGUCUAAGUAUUGUUAUAAAUCGUUUCGUUAGGAUUCAAGAAGAAAAUGGACAUUCUAUUAGCGAAGAAUAUUAUUUAAUUGGAGAAGAAGAAUGCGAAGAAGCUGAAGAUGUAGAGGUACCAAAAGCAUUAGGUGAUGUUUUUGAAUCACUAGCUGGUGCAAUUUAUUUAGAUAGUGGAAUGUCUUUGGAUGCAGUAUGGAGCGUCUAUUACGCCAUUAUGAAAAAUGAAAUUGAACAAUUCAGCACCAAUGUUCCUAAAUCUCCAAUUCGUGAACUAUUAGAAUUAGAGCCUGAAACAGCAAAAUUUGGAAAACCAGAAAAAUUGGCUGAUGGACGAAGAGUUCGAGUUACAGUGGAUGUUUUUGGUAAGGGCUCUUUUAAAGGAAUUGGCAGAAAUUACAGAAUUGCAAAAUGUACUGCAGCAAAAUGUGCUUUAAAAAAGCUGAAGAAGAUGCAGAAUUAUUCAAGAGAUAAACUAUGAUAGCAUAUACAAUAUUAGAUCAAAAUGAAAACAUAAAAUGAGAUUAAUUUCUGUAUUACUGUUAAAAUAUAUUUCUAUAAAAUUAUA